AUGAGUAUACUCAGCCAAUGCUUCCCUCCGAGUCCGUCGUUCACGGAGAAAGAGCUUCCAGACCAGACUGGCAAGGUCGCACUAGUAACUGGCUCCGCUUCCGGUGUAGGCCUCGAGCUCGCAAAGAUACUCUACAGCCGCAACGCAACCGUCUACAUCGGUGCCCGAUCCUCCUCGCGGGUGCAAACAGGGUUCCAGGCCAUCCAAGCCGCGCACCCUUCAUCGAAAGGCCGGCUCGAGGCGUUCGUGGUCGACCUCGCGGACUUAGAGUCGGUGAAACGGGCUGUCGACAACUUCCUAAAGCGGGAGGAAAAGCUACAUGUACUCGUGCACAAUGCCGGAGUGAUGAUGCCGCCGGAAGGCAGUAAGACGACGCAAGGCUAUGAUCUUAUGAUGGGGACAAACUGUCUUGCGCCGUUUCUACUGACUAAACUCCUCGAGCCGAUUCUUCGACGAACCGCUAUUGCAGAGGGUGCCGCAAAGAAGCCUUUCAAGGCGGUUCGGGUUGUGUUCGUCGGCUCCCUACUCACGAGCUUUGGGAAACCGAGAGGAGGCGUAACAUUGACGGAAGAUGGGGUGCCCUCUGACGAAUACAAGGGCAUGGAUCGAUACAUGCAGACCAAGUUUGGAGACGUCUUUCUGGGUGCCGGAUUUGCGAAGGCCUUGGGCGAUGAUGGCAUACUCAGUGUAAGUCUCCAUCCCGGCUUGAUGAAAACCGAACUGCAACGCAACAUGCCCGCGGUUGCGAGUAUGGCCAUAGGCGUGGUCUUCAAAUCUGCCAAGUACGGCGCAUACACCGAGCUAUACGCAGGCUUCUCGCCUAAACUCACGGGGGCUGAUAAUGGGGAGUUUUUCAUUCCCUGGGGUCGCAAAGGCGUUAUUCCUGGACAUGCACGAACAAGCCUGAAAUCGAAAACUGAGGGAGGGACUGAGGUAGCCGAUCGAUUUUUUGCAUGGUGCCAACAAGAAACUCGAAAAUACUUGUGA